AUGUCAAACCCCUACGAUUCGCAGACGACUCAGCUCAUCUCUGCGUAUACAUCCGCACAACAUACGUGCUGGCUUCAGAUUGCGUCCGUAGCCCUACUGGCGUACGAGUAUGUCAUCACUUUCGACCAAGAAGUCGCGCUGUUCUGGAAGCCGAAGAUUACCGGCGCCACCGUCCUCUUCCUGGGCACACGAUACACGGCGCUGCUGAGCUACGACUUCAUGCUCACGGCGACCUUUUCGCCGCUACCCGACCAGUUCGUCAUCAAUUUUUGUCAAUAUCCUCUCUGGGCCGCAUUCUCGGCCCUUCGGGCACUGGCGAUGAGCGGGAUGAACUGGCCACUGGCUCUGUCGGUGUUCGUCUUGGCUCUCGCGCCGUUCCUCGUGAAUAUUUGGCCGGUGGCCCUCGACAAGACGGGCGGGAUGAACAUACCUAUCCUCGGCUGCGGUGGCUUUGAGAAUUUGACCACCCGCCAGAGUCUCAUCUUUCCCAGCGACGCAGUCAUGUCGCGCUCGUGCCUGAUAUUGGCAGACGUGCUGGUUAUUCUCGUGACAUGGCGGUCGCUUGGGAGGACGAGCCGCGCCGGCGGAGGUGUGGGCCCAACGCUAGCGCACACGCUCAUGCACAACGGCAUGAUUUACUUCGUAGUCGUCGUUGUGUGCAACACGCUCCAUCUUAUCCUGACUCUCCUCUCCAUCACGACCCCGCUCCAACAGACCAGCCAGGUGACGGCGCUCACGGAUCCCAUCACCACAAUCCUCAUCUGCCGCUUCUUCCUCGCCUUGCAGCGUGCAAACCAGACCGCGCUCGGCCGGGAUACGCUGCGCUCCACGCACUCGCUCGGGGAUCACGACACGGGCGGGGACACAGGCCUGCGCUUCGCGUCGGUCGUUAUUGGCUCGAUCGGCGAGUCGCUCACUGAGACGGAUCCGGAGCUCGACCUCGUUGACUCCGCGGACGACAUGGGGGAGCUGGGCGAGAAGGACUCGGCUUCGUCCGCCGACGGCGGGUCCCUGCCCAAGGGAUAUGGGGAAUGA